CCUACCCGUGGGGUAAAGUAGCGUUUGAUUGAUCAAUCGGGGUAAAAGGGGUGAGAAUUCUCUGUCCCGAUUGGUCAGUUCGAUCGAGCUUCUACCCCACGAGUAGGAUUUCUGAACGUCCUAGUUCGGGGAAAUCUCGUUAAAUGGCGCGCGCGUUCGACGAGAAUAAAAAGUGCAAUAAUUGUAUGAGAAAAGUGCAGUGAUUGAUUUAAUGGAUCAUGGCUGUUUUUAAGCCAAGACAAAUCUGCUUAUUGCAAACAAUUGGACUGUUCAGAUAACGUAGAGCUUUGUCAAAUUAGAUGAAACGCAGGAAUAAUGUCCUUCAGAAUACGUUUGGCUCGCAGUAGACCAAUGAGACUUCUGGGUAGCAUUGCCAUGAAGUGUUGGGCUUUCAGCGGAGUCUAUAUCCUUAUCUGCUUCCUUUUAUAUUGGUUAUAUGGUGGAAUUUUAGCUUUCUUCUUGCUGUGUUUUGCUACAACUGGAAUACUCUAUCACAGGGAAGAUCAACUUCUUUAUCAUCCAGAACUGCCAUCUCAUUCCAGAGUUUAUGUGCCAGCUCCUUCAAUAUUUAAUUUACCAUAUCAAAGUGUGUAUACUAGAGCUGGAGAUGGUACAAUGUUACACAUGUUCUUUGUUUCCCAACCAGAGGAUAGAAUCAGGAAGGCACCUACGCUAUUGUUUUUUCAUGGCAAUGCUGGCAAUAUGGGCCACCGAUUGCAAAACAUAAUGGGACUAUAUCAUAAUAUCCAGUGUAAUAUUCUAAUGUUAGAAUAUCGGGGAUAUGGCCUGUCACAAGGUUCCCCGUCAGAGGAAGGUCUCUAUAUGGAUGCCCGAGCAGGAAUAGAUUAUCUGUUCAGUAGAACAGAUAUUAAUACUAAUGAAAUUAUAGUAUUCGGUAGAUCACUAGGUGGAGCAGUAGCAAUCGAUUUAGCCACAAAAGAAGAAAAUUCGCAGAGGAUUUGGUGCCUUAUACUUGAAAACACCUUCACUAGUAUUCCAGAUAUGGCCGCCUUAUUUGUUGGAUCCAAAUUUCUACAAUAUCUGCCACUUUUUGUAUACAAGAACAAGUAUUUAUCUAUUCUGAAAAUUCGCGCAGUCACAGUGCCCACUCUGUUCAUUUCCGGUCUGGCGGACACGUUGGUACCACCUCGCAUGAUGCAGGAUCUCUACAAAAAUUGUCGAAGCACAUGCAAACGCAUACUUCCAAUCGUAGGUGGCACGCAUAACGAAACUUGGUGCCAGCCAAAUUACUAUCAAAACAUUUGCACUUUUUUAACCGAACUUAGAGAAAAUCCUCCUCCAAGAGUAACGUCUAGUCAUUGGCAAAUCGAUGAUAUCUAAUGACGACACUAAUUAAGUAUGCCUAUUAUUACAAUCUUAAACAUAAGAAUCGUUUUCACGUGUUGAGAAUCGAUUUUAUCAAAUCGAUAUUUUAUAAGAGUCUUUUUCUCGCGCGUUAUAACAAAGAAAUCGAUCUUAUAACUCAAAGAAAAAAUUAAUAAUUACUCUUGCG